GGUGGUGGAGCGCCGCGCACCUGCAGCGUGAAAUUGACACAGACACAAGAGAAGAGCCCAGUGCAGAGAGGCAGGGAGAGGGAGCCAGCGGCGCCGACUCAGCUCACAACCGCUGCUGGAUGAGGAGCUGACACCGGCACCAAAGAGGGCUUUUAUUUUAAUUUAAACUUUGCCCGACUUUUUUUUGUGCAGGGGGUUUGCACUGAGCAGAAUGCUAACCUCCGCUGCCAUCCUUCCGAUCGCUCUGCUUAUUUGCUCUGAUCGGGCAACGGCGGUGGAUGCUGAACGGGGAAUAUCCUCCUGUAAGACUGGAUUUUCCGAAGAUGUAUAUGCAGUGUUUGUUUCUAGGAGUAUUUCUGAAGGCCAGAGUUUCCUUAAAGUGGAAUUUGAUGACUGUGCUGGGAACCAAGAGAUUCAGUAUGGAAGCAGUGACCCUGACUUCAAGGUGGAGAAAGAUGGCAUCCUGAAUGCAGCUCGAUCAAUGCAGGUCCCUGCAAAGCAAGUGAAGUUCAUAGUGACUGCACAGAAUGUCAGGACCCAAGAGAAAUGGGAAACAGUGAUCAAACUACUUGUAAAAGCAUGGGGAGACUCAAAUGACAAUGUAAAAAAGAAUGGGAAGAAAAAUAUGCCUCCCGAGUCUUCAGAGCAGCUGGAUAAUACACUAUUUCCAUGGCGCCGACCACAGAUCUCCAAUGGGCUAAGACGGCAGAAGAGGGAUUGGGUCAUUCCUCCAAUCAAUGUGCCAGAAAAUUCUAGAGGUCCCUUUCCCAUCCAGCUGGUUCGGAUUCGCUCAGAUAAAGACAGGGAUAUUCAGAUCCGGUACAGUAUCACUGGGCCUGGGGCAGAUCAGCCACCCAUGGAGGUCUUCGGUAUUGAUCAGGUUGCUGGUAAGAUGCACGUCAAAAGACCCCUGGAUCGCGAGGACAUUGCAUCCUUUCAUCUGAGAGCACAUGCAGUUGACAUGAAUGGAAACAAGGUGGAAAACCCAAUUGACCUUUACAUCAAUGUUAUUGAUAUGAAUGAUAACAGACCGGAGUUUCUGAACCAUGUAUAUAAUGGGAGCGUGGCUGAAGGAUCAAAGCCAGGUUCAUAUGUAAUGACAGUAACUGCCAAUGAUGCAGAUGACCCAACCACAGCAAAUGGUAUGGUGAAAUAUCGGAUGUUGUCCCAGUUACCAGUGAGUCCUUCAAGUAUGUUCACCAUCAACAGUGAGAACGGAGAUAUUGUUACUGUAGCUGCUGGACUUGAUCGAGAGAAAGUCCCACGAUACACAAUUACGAUCCAAGCCACUGAUAUGGAUGGAAAUCUCAAAUAUGGACUUUCUAACACAGCAACUGCACUCAUUAUUGUCACCGACGUGAAUGAUAAUCCUCCAGAAUUUACUGCUGCCACAUACUAUGGAGAAGUACAAGAGAACAAAAUAGAAGUUAUUGUUGCUAACUUGAGUGUCACAGAUCGAGACCAGCCACACACUUCAAAUUGGAAUGCUGUAUACCGCAUUGUCAGUGGCGACCCUGCUGGUCAUUUUGUUGUUAAGACAGAUCCAGUCACCAAUGAUGGCAUGGUUAUUGUAGUAAAGCCAGUAGAUUAUGAAAUAAACAGGGCCUUUGUACUGACUGUGGUGGUAAUGAAUCAAGCUCCACUGGCAACUGGAAUUCAAUCUUCACUCCAGUCCACGGCAACAGUUGCUAUCUCCGUCACGGAUGUCAAUGAGGCACCAUUUUUCAUUCCCAAUCCCAAACUAGUCAGGCAGGAGGAAGAGAUGCCUGUGGGCACACUGCUGACAACAUUUGCAGCUCAAGAUCCUGAUCGCUUUAUGCAGCAGGCAAUACGAUAUUCUGAAUUGUCAGAUCCUGCAAGCUGGCUGAACAUUAAUGCCACAACUGGUCAGAUCACAACCACAGCCAUCCUGGACAGAGAAUCCAUCUAUGUUAAAAAUAAUAUUUAUGAAGCAACAUUCCUGGCAGCUGACAAUGGCAAUCCUGCAGCAAGUGGAACUGGCACCAUUCAGAUUUAUCUCAUCGAUGUUAAUGAUAAUGCACCAGAGCUGAUUCCCAAAGAAACCCAAAUUUGUGAAAAGCCAAAUCCAAACGCAAUAAACAUCACAGCUGGAGACGCUGACAGAGAUCCAAAUACAGACCCAUUUGUGUUUGAACUGACAAAUAAACCACCGGGUGUCAAGCGGAACUGGACAAUCACACGAUUAAAUGGGGACUCUGCUCAGCUCAGUUUGAGAAUUGGAUUCCUGGUCGCUAGUGUAUAUGAUAUUCCAAUCAUAAUCACAGAUUCUGGCAACCCUCCAUUAUCAAGCACCACUGUUAUUAAAGUGAAAGUCUGCCCUUGUGAUGAGCAUGGAGAUUGUACAGCCAUUGGUGCUAUUGCAGCAGCUGGAUUGGGCACAGGAGCCAUUAUAGCAAUCCUCCUAUGCAUCAUCAUUUUGUUAAUUCUCGUCUUGCUAUUUGUGAUAUGGAUGAAACGCAGGGAUAAAGAACGACAAACAAAACAACUUCUAAUUGACCCAGAGGAUGACGUCAGGGACAACAUUCUGAAAUAUGAUGAGGAGGGUGGUGGUGAAGAAGAUCAGGAUUAUGACUUGAGCCAGCUUCAACAACCAGAUGCACUAGAUCCUGUAUUGGCAAAGGCUCCUGGGAUCAGGCGAGUUGAUGAACGGCCCAUUGGUGCUGAGCCACAGUAUCCACUGCGCCCAACAAUUCCACAUCCUGGAGAUAUCGGAGACUUUAUUAAUGAGGGUCUCAGAGCAGCGGACAAUGACCCGACAGCCCCACCCUAUGAUUCCCUAUUGGUUUUUGAUUACGAAGGAAGUGGUUCAACUGCAGGAUCAGUCAGCUCCCUGAACUCAUCCAGCUCUGGCGACCAUGAUUACGAUUAUCUUAAUGACUGGGGACCACGAUUCAAGAAGUUAGCAGAUAUGUACGGUGGUGGUGAAGAUGACUAACAGUACGCUGUGCACCAGAAGUUGAAGGAACUGUACAAAAGAGGCAGCUUUUUUCAUUAAUAUUCCCUGCUGACCAUAACAUUUUAGUGGUGUGUUAGGUUUUUUUUAUUUUAGAACAUGAGCUGUUAGCAUGAAUGCUUGUUGUCUUUGCUGCAUAUUUUUGGUCAGUCAGCAGGAAUAUCGCUCAACAUUUGCUUUACAACUAAAGAGGAAAGGAGCUCUUUAUUAACUUGAAUUUCUUAGUACAGAAGCACUGUUUUUAAAGUGCCUUUUUGGUACAUUUUAUCGGAUUCCCUCAAUCUCAGGAGUGAUUAAAAUUCAACCAUCUAUUGAUCCCUGGUCCAAUACUGGCUACAAAAAGAAAAUGAAAGAAUCAAUUUAUUUCCACUCUGGUUAAAGGACCGAUUUUCCUUUUUGCCUUUUAAACUAUCAGUGUAAAAUACAUUUAAAAAAAACUGUACAGAAACACGUUUAUUAACAACCAUGUUUAAAACUGAGCAGGUGGGUGGCUAAUCACGUUGUAAAUGUUGUAUAGAGCUUAACAUUGAAAGUCUAAUUGUCAAGCAAUGUAAAGAUAAGGACAGGAAAGGACAUUCAGAAGGACUGGUUAGUCUUCAUUAGUAUUAAGGUUGUGUUCUUUUAACAUCCUGAAGUAGAAUGGACGUCAAAUUAACGUAAAUUAAUUUUUUUAACAUUGAUAUCCAUUUGGUUUCUUACUGUAGUGUGUACAUAAUGUUGCACAGCUUGAAGCAAACAUCACCCAAUUAAUGUUAUGUGUAUAAUUGGAGCUUUUUUCUUUUUUUGCAUGUUGUUUUAUAUUGAAGCUCGCAUGGCUGUGGUUGUUUCAAAGAAUGAUUUCUUCUCGUGUUGUGUGUUCGACAUUUCAACACAAAUCAUUGCACAGUUAGAGGAAACUUUUUUUGUAAUGGUCAACAGCACAAAUAUUUUGUAUCGUUGUUUGUACCAUUUUGUACCAAAAAAAAGGGAAGGUAGUAAAAAUUUUGAAUGCGUGUUUCUAGUGCCACUGCAGUUAUGGUUAAACUGAGUAACAGCUUUGCAAAUUUAUUGUGUACCAGAGCAGAACUGGUGCAUUUGCUCCUGGCCCCUCAGUGUUAUAAAUAAAGUUCCCCUUUU